AUGGUUAGAACCACAUGUUUGGGUCGAGCUUUAGGCAGGGUUAUAGGAAGAGCCUUGGGGAGAGAAGUAAAUUGUGAUUCAGAUGAAGCUCCUCAGCGGCAAAGGCCUACAACACCUAUACGUAGGCAACGGGAAGCUACCCUUGUUACUAAGGAUGUUCAUCACGUGGAUGACGCAGCUGAUGAGGUCCACGAACAGCCUCAAGAAGCAACUGUUGAUGAUGAAGUUGUUGAUGCCCAGGGUUUUUCAGGCAGGCCGCAUGACACAUCAGUUCUAAUAGUCUAUGUUGAUCAUGUUGCAGUCAUUGUUUGGAAUGGAGAGGAAUGUCCUGAAUUGAAGCUAUCGUCCCAUGAAAGGAAGGUUCAGAAAUCCGGCAGGCCUACUACAAUGAUUGAAAAAUUAGUUGUUGUCGUAGGAUUAAGUCCUAUAAUCGCAUGCGCCUUCCACAGCUUCGAGACUCUUCAUGUUGAUGAAGCGGUGUUGCUGCUAGUUGAAUUACUUAAAGUGAGUGCAUAUGAAGCAAGAGGUUGCACUCUUUUUGCUAACAAGAGUGCAACACACGCGCAUGUGGUGUUCUUAGACACCUUUCAAGACCUCACCCAGAGUGGAAGCUACGCAUGGGGAGCUAUUGCCCUAGUGCAUAUGUACGACAAUUUAAAUGAUGGGUCUAAGAGCAGCGGCAGACAACUUGUCGAAUAUAUCACACUAUUACAGGUUGUUGUGAAGUCCCUCAUUGGUUCUGGAGCCGGUUGUGCUACUGGUCUUAGGUUGGUCUAG